UCCAGGCUCGGGCAGGCCGCCAGGUGAGUGUGCCCCUGUGCUCAAAACUAGUUGCUGGGCGGCUGAGAGUCCACCCAGCAGACUACUGGCUAUGGAGUCGCGCUCAGGGGGCACUACGGACCGUAGGGGGAGCAGAGGAGGCCGCGGCCUUCCUCUGCAGGCGGGCCCCGGCGCCCGGCGGCUGCUGGCGCGGCUGGACGCGCGCCCCCUGGCGGCCCGAGCCGCUGCAGACGUGUGGGCGCUGGUACGCAGGGCAGGCGAUACUUUGCGCCUGCGCCCCAAGGAGGCCAUUAACAUGCUGGACUCUGCGGACAUAGAAGUCACAGACAGUCGCCUACCUCAUACCACUGUUGUGGAACACCAACCUCAGCAUUGUAGGUCAGAGACUCUGGGUAUUCCUACUGCGCCAACUCGAGUGACCCAGGAUAAGGCAAGAUGUGCUUCAAAGCCACUCCAGGCCUCUGGUUGGUUCUCUGUGGAGCUAGUCAGCAAUCGCACAGGCUUUGGCCUCACUUUAAGUGGGGGCCGAGAUGUAGCGGGUGAUGCUCCACUGGCUGUGCGUGGGUUGCUGAAGGAUGGGCCAGCACAGCGUUGUGGUCGUUUGCAGGCUGGUGAUCUCAUUCUCCAUAUCAACGGAGAGUCAACGCAGGGACUUACCCAUGCCCAGGCGGUGGAUCGGAUCCGCACUGGAGGUUCCCGGCUUCGGCUUGUGUUGCAGAGGCCUAAUGAGACUCAAACUGGCAAGCACAAGGGGAUGGACUGCCGUCCAGAUCUUGUAGGUCCGGCGAUGAUGAAGUCUCACAGUGCCAGCCUUUCCCCAGUUCACCACCCUCAAUUCAAUAGGACGCCAAAGACCCGGGGCAGCCCUGAGCCUAGUCCAGAGGCAGCGGUCGACGCUCCCGAAGUUCCUCCAGCAGAACGCCACAUGGAGGACCCUGAUGACCGUAUCCCUGGUUCCCCAGGACCCUGGCUGGUGCCGAGUGAGGAGCGGCUCUCGCGGGCCCUAGGUCUCCCAAGGGCUGCGCAGCUCGCUCAGGAGACAGCAGCUGGAAGGAGAAGGCACUGAGCAGUUGACACAGGGCUCGGUGCUCACUUGGUAGGGUCCAGUCUGGAUCCGAUGGGCAGUGCACUAGCGUCGGGCUGAGAGCUCCUACUUGUCUGGUCUUCCCUCCCACCAUGUAGUUGACUGGCCCGCGCUCCCCUCCAGGCAUCUGCAGUCCAGCCUUCCCAGACCCCCUCAAACCCACGCUUCUGGUUCUGGGCGGGGAUGUAAUAAAAUGGGUUGAUCUA